GGGAACUAUGCGCAAACCUGAUGCGCAGAAAGCUCUCGGAGCUAAACAUGAUUCUGUGCACAUACUCCAGACUGUCCCAUUUACUGAAGAUAUCAGGCAGUAAAGUUUCAGUCUUCCGAAACGGGACCGAGAUAAAACACGGAGCAAGUUGCUGUGUGCAGCUGAAAAGAUUCCAGGUCAUUUACACUGAGGGGUUCUGGUCCUAAAACUUGCUAACGACCCUGGUUGAGCCCAGAGACAAAAAAGAAUGAAUUCCAACACAGACUUUGAUUUGUCAAAUGGGUCGAUGAACAAAAAAGGUCUGCAGGAUAGGCAGAAACAGCAAAUGGCCAGAGGUCUUCCUAAGCAGAAGCCCAUCAGAGACGUCAAACAGGUGAUUGUUGUUGCUUCUGGGAAAGGCGGCGUGGGCAAGUCGACAACAGCAGUGAACUUGGCUCUUGGAUUAAUGGCCAUUGACAAGUCUAAGUCAGUUGGUCUGUUGGAUGCUGACAUCUAUGGGCCCUCCGUUCCCAAACUGAUGAACUUGAAAGGAAACCCAGAGCUCAACGAUGAUAAUCGAAUGAUUCCUCUUAUCAACUAUGGUGUCCCAUGUAUGUCAAUGGGCUUCCUGGUGCAGGAUGCAUCCCCAGUAGUUUGGAGGGGACUGAUGGUAAUGUCUGCUAUAGAGCGCUUGCUCAGACAGGUAGAAUGGGGCUCUCUGGACUACUUGGUGGUGGACAUGCCUCCUGGGACGGGAGACGUCCAGCUGUCCAUCACUCAGAACAUUCUCAUUGCAGGGGCAGUCAUCGUUUCAACACCACAAGAUGUUGCUCUGCUGGACGCUCGCAGAGGAGCCGAGAUGUUUAGAAAACUUAACGUGCCGGUUCUGGGUCUGGUUCAGAACAUGAGCGUCUUCCAGUGUCCCAACUGUCAUCAUCAUACCCACAUCUUUGGAUCGAACGGGGCAAAGCAACUUGCCGAGACGAUCAGUGUCAAGUUUUUGGGUGACGUCCCUCUUCACCUAAACAUCAGAGAGACGUCAGACAAAGGACAACCCAUAGUCGUCUCUUCUCCUGACAGUCCAGAGGCUGAGGCUUACAGGAAGGUGGCAUCUGCUGUGAUCCAGAGCCUAGAGGAACAUACCAGAUGACUAAAAACUUCUUUCUCUCUUUGUUUCUUUAUUUUUCUUUCACUCUGUCUUUUUGUUUGUUCCUUUCACCAUUUCUGUCAUGUUGAAAAAUCUGAACCUGUAAAACUGUCAAUAAAUAAUUGAAUAAAAUCUUAAAACUUUA